UGUGUUGUGACGAAGUGAAUGUGCCUAACGACGGUACUGUUGUGUUUGGUGCAUCAGUGUUACAGCGAUUCUAGCCGCUCCCGGCAGCGCAGUCCAGCGCAAGUGAUCGAACUAGUGUUUCACCGGUUUCCACGUGUCCACGCACCGCAGCGACGAUGGACAGCUCCACGAAGCCGGUGAAGAAAAAUCCUCGCAAGGGAGCAUUCGCUCUGUCGCAGCUGUUCUUCGGCUGGUUGCUGCCACUGUUCUAUCGUGGGUCGCGCCGCGGACUCGGUAAGGAUGAUCUUACCAAGUGUCUGCGGGCGGACCGAUCCGAGGAUCUGGGCGAAGAGUUGGAAGAGCAAUGGGAAAAGGAAGUGUCCCAGGCGCGUAUCGCAAGCCGCGAACCAAAGCUACGCAAUGCCCUGUUCCGAACGUUCUACAAGCAGAGUCUCUUCGAUGGAUUUCUAAUAUUUUUAUUCGUUUUGAUAAAGACCAUUCUUCCGGUAGUACUUGCCCAGUUGCUGAUACAAUUUCAAGCACCCACCAACUCUACACACGUUGCUGUGGCAAGUAUCGAUAAUGAUCUGAUCACCACUGUCCCACCGAUGGCAAUGCCACUGAUGAUGCUGCCGGACACUACACAAUCCCAUCUGGAAAAUCUUGUGUUCGACGAGACGGCCAUGAUAAAUAAACGGCGCCGGAAGCGAAGGAUCCGAAUCGACGAUGAUAAACCGGCGCCUGGCAAUAGUAUUGGUGGAAGCAAGCCAUCCCUCGGCCAAGAAGAUGAUAGCUUACCGACAACAUUAUUCCCCGACGUUAGCGAUCCGUUGCUUGGGGCUGACGAUCCAGCAACGGCAACCACCAACAGCACCCUAAUAGACGAUCUUUCCGACUUUCUGAACCAUGCCUGGAAUGAUGCCUUUUGGCUUUCGGGGCUGCUCGUCCUGUUGACACUGUUUGGAUGCUUUUGCUGUCACCAUUCCGAUCUGCGGGAGCGUUUGGUUGGUGCGCGAAUGCGUAUUGCCUGCUGCUCACUUAUCUAUCGCAAGACGCUCCGAAUGUCGAGGAAGGCGGCCGGACAAACGCCGGCAGGCUAUAUGAUCAACUUACUGUCGAACGAUGUGAGCCGGUUGGAUUACGGGUUUAUCUACGUGCACUACGUGUGGGUCCUGCCGUUCCAGGCUUGCUUUACGUGCUAUCUCAUCUGGCGCCGGGUACAGUGGGCCGCCAUCGUCGGUGUAGUUGGACUGCUGGUAAAAACGAUUCCCGUACAAACGGGGCUCAGUCGAUUGAGUUCCAUCAUUCGUAUGCGUGUGGCCAAAAAAACGGAUCAGCGCGUUGGCAUCAUGAACGAACUGAUACAGGGCAUCCAGGUGAUCAAGAUGUACGCAUGGGAGAAACCUUUCCAUAAGGUUGUUUCGAUUGCCCGCAAGAAGGAAGUGCGCCAGAUACGGUGGGCAUCGUACAUCCGUGGUAUCUAUCUAAGCACGAUGGUGUUUACCGAGCGAUCGACACUGUUUCUUGCGAUCGCUUGCUGUGUGAUCGAGGGACGUUCCAUUACGGCUGAUAUCGUCUUCCCGAUGGCACAGUUUUUUAACAUUCUCCAACUAACGGCUGCCAUCUUUUAUCCACUGGCUGUAUCGCUUGGAGCCGAAGCACUCGUGUCGAUCGAUCGCAUACAGGAAUUUCUUGCGUUGGAGGAACACGACUCAAACCCGCCGUCACCGAACGGCGGCUUGCAACGCAAUCUAAACGAUCUGCAUCUGUCAGAGGACAAUAGCAAGCCUGCGAUUGAGCUACACAAGGUUACUGCUAGUUGGGAAGAAACGACCGAAAAAACGUUAAAAGACAUCACCGUCAAGAUCGAUGCGGGAAAAUUGCUGGCUGUGAUUGGACCAGUCGGUGCAGGCAAAAGUUCACUGCUACAGAUGCUGCUCGGUGAGCUUCCGAUUCAAAAUGGGACAGCCACGAUCAAUGGGGAUGUUUCGUACGGAUCGCAAGAACCGUGGCUUUUUACCGGUACUGUGCGAAAUAAUAUUCUGUUCGGAUUGCCGUACGAUCGUCAUCGCUAUCAGGCGGUAGUGCGACACUGUGCUCUUGCGACAGACUUUCAACAACUACCGGACGGUGAUAAAACGGUUGUAGGAGAACGAGGUACCUCUCUCUCGGGAGGACAGCGUGCCCGAGUUAGUUUGGCGCGUGCCGUGUAUAACAAUGCUUCCAUCUACCUGCUCGAUGAUCCACUGAGUGCCGUCGAUGCGCAUGUUGGUAAGCAUCUGUUCGACGAAGUGAUCGGUCCACGAGGGUAUCUAGCGCAGAAGCAGCGAGCAACACGUGUCCUGGUGACCCAUCAGGUACACUUCCUCAAGGAGGCGGACUGGAUCGUAAUAAUCGAGGGUGGUAAAAUAGUCACGCAAGGCACGUACACGGAACUGGCAAAUGGAAAGGUAGAUUUCGGUAAGCUGCUGAAACCGACCGGAUCGGAGAAGAGUGCUGCGGACGAGAACGUACUAUCGGCGGACAUUCCUGAAGAUGAAAUACCGUUCAUCGAUGGUGUAACACUCGAUGGGUAUAAGCUGCUGAAGGGCAGUACCGUUUCGUUACGAGGCAUUACGCCGAGCUCUUGUGCGUCCAGUGUGGCCGACAAUCUUGGUCGGCAGGUGGCCGAGGACCAGGCAGAAGGAAGCAUUUCGUGGCGCGUCUGGGCGACGUACUUCCUGUCAGGCGGCAACAUACUGAUGCUGCUGUUCACCUUCUUUAUGCUGCUAUUCUCACAAGCGAUCGUCAGUGGGUCGGAUUAUUUUGUGACGUACUGGACGCGACAGGAGGAGCUGCGGUUGGUGAACGAAUUCGCAGUCCACACGUCGACUGUCGAUUUUCUGUACACGUACGGUGUAAUCAUUAUCUGUGUGGUCGCAUUCACCAUCUUCCGAGGUUAUCUGUUUUUCAACAUUUGUAUGAAAGCAUCCCGGAAUCUGCACGAUCGAAUGUUUGCACGUAUCCUAACAGCUCCGAUGCGGUUUUUCGAUACGAAUCCUUCGGGUCGUAUUCUUAACCGCUUCUCGAAGGAUAUGGGAGCGAUCGACGAGUUGCUGCCGAAGGCGAUGAUAGAAGCCAUUCAGAUACUGUUAGUUAUGACCGGUAUCUUGACGAUGAUUACGAUCGUGAAUCCACUGUUGUUAGUACCGCUGUUCGGAGCAGUUGUACUGUACGCGUUAGCACUUAAGCUAUAUCUGCGUCCGAUUCAAGACUUGAAACGAUUGGAAGGAAUCACACGCAGUCCGGUGUUUUCACAUAUUUCCGCCACAUUGUCCGGCUUGUCUACCAUCCGUUCGAGCGGAGUCCAGGAGAAGAUUCGGGAAGAGUUUGACGAUCUGCAGAACGUACACUCGGCCGUAUGGCAGCUGACAAUGGCUAGCAAUGCUGCUCUCGGACUGUGGCUUGAUUGUAUCAGUACGGCAUUCGUGGCUUGCGUCACGUUUAGCUUUAUUGUACUGCAUCAGGAUACUUUCAGUGCUAACGUGGGCUUAGCCAUCUCGCAGGCACUCAUCCUUACCGGUAUGGUACAGUACGGUAUCCGCCAGACGACAGAAUCGAUUCAACAAAUGACAGCCGUCGAACGUGUGGUACAGUACACCGAAAUCCCUCCCGAAACGGAUCCACCAAAGGUGCCACCGGGUGAUUGGCCGUGGAAAGGUCAGCUACAGUUCCACAACAUGUCACUCCGCUACGAACAGGACGCACCGCCUGUGUUAAAGCAGUUGGAGCUUGUUAUCGAACCCACCUGGAAGGUGGGAAUCGUUGGUCGUACGGGUGCGGGUAAAUCAUCCCUCAUUGGUGCCCUUUUUCGAUUGGCACGUAUCGAGGGACGCAUCAUGAUCGACGGUAUCGAUACGGGUGUAAUUUCACUCGAAGCGUUGCGUUCGAAGAUAUCGAUUAUCCCGCAGGAUCCGGUCCUGUUCAGUGCCACCAUACGCUACAAUCUGGAUCCAUUCAACCUGUACGACGACGAUAUGCUGUGGCGUGCGAUCGGUGAGGUAGAGCUUCGUUCCGCCAUCAGCGGGCUGGACUUUAUGGUGACGGAGGGUGGCACAAACUUCAGUGUCGGCCAGCGGCAGUUGAUCUGCUUAGCGCGAGCAAUACUACGGAACAACAAGAUUUUAGUGCUGGAUGAAGCUACUGCCAAUGUAGAUCCACAGACGGACGCUUUGAUACAGACAACUAUACGGGAAAAGUUUAAACACUGCACGGUUCUGACAGUUGCGCAUCGUCUGCACACGGUAAUGGAUUCCGAUCGCAUACUCGUAAUGGAUGCUGGUGAAGCACGAGAAUUCGAUGCUCCCCAUGUGCUGUUGCAGCAGGAGGGUAGUAUACUAAAGGACAUGGUCGAAGCUACCGGACCAUCCGAGUCGGAAUCUCUGAAGCGUAUCGCUGCGGACACUUAUGCACGAAUGGAUCCGAAUCGACAUCUCAUGAACGGUAUGCCGAAUCCGUGGCGUUUCGGCAAAGAAGCACCGCAAUGA